ACUUUCUUCUGCUUAAGCUCUUACUCAACUGAAAAAAUGUAUGUAAAAACACUCCAUUUUUUUCUCCCCUUGCUAGCUCUACUAACCUCUUCUAGUGUUCCUUUCUCUUAUGGCCAAAACCAAGAAAACCCACUUGCCAUUUCCACUCUUGGACCUGUUUCAAGGCUCAGCCAUGGAAGCUCUCACUGGAAACCAUCCCAGAUCUUCAAUGUAGAUGAUUUUGGAGCUAAGGGUGAUGGCACAGAUGACAGAAAGGCAUUUAACAAGACUUGGAAUCAGGCUUGUUCUUCCAAAGGGGGUGUUUUUUUGGUCCCAAACAGAACUUAUCUCCUUGGGCCAAUGAAUUUUACUGGCCCUUGCAAAUUUUCUCUGCUCACUUUGAAGAUUGUUGGAACAAUUGAAGCUUCUACUGAGCAGAGUGAGUACAGAGAAGAUCUGUGGCACUGGCUUGUGUUUGUUAGUGUGAAAAACUUGAGAGUUGAAGGAGGUGGAACUUUUGAUGGUAAGGGAAAAGUUUGGUGGAAAAACUCUUGCAGUGUCAUCAAUUCCCUUUCCUGUGUUCGUUCUCCAAUAGCUGUAACUUUCUAUGAUUGUAAGAAUCUAAAUGUGACCAAUCUGAGGUUCAAAGAUGGACAAAGAUUCCAUCUAUUCUUUGAUGCAUGUGUCAAUGUCAAAGCUGAAAAUAUAUUAGUGACAGCCCCAAGUAACAGUCCAAACACAGAUGGAAUUCAUAUGAGAAGCACACAACAUAUUCAUGUGAUGAACUCUAUUAUCAAAACAGGUGAUGACUGUAUUUCCAUCAUAAAUGGGUCAACCAAUGUUAGAGCUACAGAUAUAACUUGUGGUCCUGGUCAUGGAAUAAGCAUUGGUAGCUUAGGACCUAAUAACACAGAAUCUAAAGUCUACAAUGUGACAGUGGACACAGUAACAAUGUUGGGAACUUCUAAUGGAGUCAGAAUAAAGAGUUGGCAGGGAGGAUCUGGUUAUGGAGAAAACAUAAUCUUUCAAAACAUAGCAAUGUACAAUGUGACCAACCCCAUCAUCAUAGACCAAUACUAUUGUGAUCAAAAGGACCCUUGUCCCGAACAGUAUUCGGCAGUACGAAUAAGCAAUGUGUUCUACAAUAACAUAACUGGGAGUAGCUUCUCAAAAGUGGCUGUUAAGAUUAAUUGUAGCAAGACUUUUGAAUGCCAAGGAAUUUCAAUGAGAGAUGUGAAUUUGGUAAGAGAGGGAGAUGGUGUGGUUGAAGCUUCUUGUAACAAUGUUGGAUUGAUCAAAAAAGGAUUGGUUUUUCCUUCAUGCUCAUAAGCAUCACCUUUUUCAUUUUUAGGUAAUGUCCAAGUAAGUUGUUGGAGAAAAAGGAAAAUGAUAAUGUAAUUUGGUCACUAGAGCCUUUAUCAAAUCAUUUAGGGUGUGAUUGGUAUCCAAUUCGCAUACAAUUUUAUGA